ACCGAAUUUCGCGGGCACAAUAGCUCAAGCUGAACAACUCAAGCGUUUUAUUUAGUGAAGCGCCAAGCUUUAGAUUCGACAGUUGUGCAACUGAACGCAUAAAGCAAGCACGAAAGGAAAAGGCGGAGUAGCCACAUACAUACAUACAUAUGUAUGUACAGACGUACCUAUUUAUUUAUAAUCACACAAUAUAUCAAUCAAAAGUAAAGAAAUAAAUAAUAAUCGAAAAAAAUAAGAAUAAUAAAUUGCCGUUUGAGCCAUGCAACUCAGUAUGAAAUGGACUUCGUAGCGAUGCAACACUGCGGAAGAAGCUGAAAACACAAAUGCAUAAUUGAAGGAUAAGCAGGGAUUUUUUCAAAUAACAAGGAAGUAACAAAAAUUAAAAUUAAAUAGUUGCCAAAGUAAUACAUAAAUUAAUAACUGAUACGCAAUGAAAUUCGACGCAGCUGCAGAAGCGGAAAUUGAUGAAUUAUACGAGUGGUUUCAACAAAAUCCGAAACUGCCAAAGGAAAUCGACCGUAUUCUAUUGAAGCGUUUCUACAAGUGUAUGUACGGUGACAUAAAAGGCACCAAAAACUUAAUAAAAAUUAAUUACAGUAUGCGCAAUAAGCAUGCGCACAUCUUCCUCGAACGUGACCCAACCGAUGGCGAUAGUAAACGAACAUUCGACUAUGCUGAUUUAGUGCCGCUGCCCGGUCUUACACCAGAGGGCUACAAAGUCAGCUGCUACCGCUUGGUUAAUUUUGAUCCGGCAAAGGUGAAUCAUACGGCUGAUACCAAAGCUUUUUUCAUGAUCAGCGAUUACCGUUUUAAUAUGUACGAUGGCGCUACGUCUACCGAAGCGGAUGUCGAAGCAUUCGCCGAUGGUGAGGUGCAAAUAUUCGACAUGGACGGCUACACAUUGAAACAUCUCAGCAAGAUGACCUUCAGCACAUUACGCAUAUAUAUGGCUUUCCUGCAAGAAGCGUUGCCAGUACAUCUGAAAGCCAUUCAUAUCAUCAACUGUCCGCCUUAUCUGGAUAGAAUAGUUAGUAUUAUGAAACCGUUCAUUGGUCGUGAAGUCUUCAAACUGAUACGCUUCCAUACCGUCAGUCUGGAUAGCCUGUACGAGCAUGUACCUCGUAGCAUAUUGCCGGAGGAAUAUGGCGGAACAAAUGGAAAAUUGACAGAUUUAAAGGCGGAACUUUUAAAAGACUUGUCAAGCAAGCGCGAAUAUUUAAUGGAUCCAAAUCAUUGGAAAAUUGACGAGGACAAAGGAAAUACUGAGCGUCGCCGAUGGCCAUUUCUAUAAUAAAUUUUUCUACUUCACUUAAUAGUUGAAUUUUAGAAUUUAAACUUUUUUACAUAUAUCUCUAAAUUGAUGUUCUUAUACCUACUAAUAGAGAGUACCAUGUAAAGUUCAUGCCAAU